UUCUCUUUAUAAAUUUCUCGUGUGAAAGAGGAAAAAAAAAAAGAAAGCAAAACUUGGCUAAGCGAUUAAAGAUUGCUGAGAGUACACGUUGUAUACUUUUUCCUUCUAAUGGCGGAGGUAAUCAGCAAAACGAGUUUGUUCUUCCGAGGAGCUUGCGUGAAUCACCACCACCACGCAGAUGACUUCUCCGUCUCGCCGGUGAGUUUCGGUCUCAAAAAGAGUUUCUCUUCUCUCAAGCAGAAGCCUCUUAGAAGCGACUUCUCUGGAAAACAGAUCCUACAGACCUUCAACAGGAGCUUCCGAUCAUCAUCCGUUACCGCUCAGUCAACGCUGAGGAUUGGGACAGCUCAGAAGUGGUGGGAGAAAGGUCUGCAAGAGAACAUGAGAGAGAUCUCUUCGGCGCAAGAGCUCGUCGACUCUCUCGCCGACGCUGGCGAUAAGCUCGUCGUGGUUGACUUCUUCUCUCCUGGCUGCGGCGGAUGCAAGGCUCUGCAUCCUAAGAUGUGCCAGCUGGCGGAGCAGAGCGCUGAUGUGCAGUUUCUUCAGGUGAACUACGAGGAGCACAAGUCCAUGUGUUAUAGCCUCGGUGUCCACGUCCUCCCGUUUUUUCGGUUCUACCGUGGCGCUCAGGGUCGCGUCUGUAGCUUUAGCUGUACUAAUGCUACGAUAAAGAAAUUUAGAGACGCGUUGGCGAAGCAUAGUCCGGAUAGGUGCAGCCUUGGACCAACCAAGGGGCUUGAAGAGAAAGAGCUUGUGGCACUUGCAGCCAAUAAAGAACUCAACUUUAGUUACACGCCGAAGGUUGUACCUGUUGAGAAAGAAGCAGCUAUUCCCACUUCCAACCCGGCACUCCCUGUUCCUCAUCCAUCGAUGAGUGGCAGUGAGGAGAAGACAUUGGUCUCUGCAGGGAGGUGAUAUGGUUCUGAGAGCGAAUAAACAUUUCUCUGUACAGUUUGCGUGAUAGUAGUUACUAGCAACUGAAUAUGUAUUGCAGUUGUCUGUUCUUGGAUUAGCCGGUUUAAUGGGGUUUAGUUUUGGGGGGGGGGAUCCCCCUGAGCAAAACCGGUUUAAUGGAAGACCAGUUCGAGUUUUGCUCAGUUCUUGUGGGAGUGAUAGUGGAAGUUCGUGCGUUUGUGCACAAUGGGAAGAAAGUUUCUACUUCAGUCAGAUUUAGUAGGACUACUUUUGUUUCGUUGCUUGUUUUUAAUUGCUUUAAGCCUUUAAGGUGUUUCUAUGCAAGUAAAAAUAUCCAUAAUACAAUGUCAUUUAUGGUGGUA